UCGCUCGGCGUAGCUCGUCCCAUACUUUCAACAUGGCAGCAUAUCGGUUCGUGUAUACAUGGCAACGUAAUGGUCGUCGUUUCUAGGGAGAUAUAUAAUCAUAGACUUCAAAACCACAUGUCACAGAUUGAAGGAAUGGAACAGUAUUAAACUCAAGCCAUCAAAAUGUGACAAUUACCUUGGCACGCCAGCUCCUACAUGUAUUCAACUACAUGUAGAUCUCAUUAAGAUUUGGAUUGAAAUAUUUUUCAGGAAAUUUGCUGACAAAUUAAAAGAUGAACAAGGGGAUCAUGUAACCAGAAUCUGCAGAAAAUAACCAAUGUGGUCAAGUUGUUGGAAAAUGGUAAUACUGCUGAAUGAUCAAAAUGACACAUCAGUUUCAUGAUUAGCUUUAUUUUUAGCUUAUCUGUUGAUUCCCUGCUGAACGAAAAGACCUUAACAGAGGACAGACAUGAACUGUACAUUCAACUUCAUAUCUUGCCAUACCAUGUUUGAAAACAUAGUACUGUAGACUCCUAUCAUGAGCAACUUCAAUACACCAGUGCCCAACGCCUCCCGCUCCGCGAUCUCCUUGGGUGGAGAAUGGCGCAAUCGGGAUCAGAUGGAGGCCAACAAAUACAAGAUGAGUGGAUUGACGGUCCUGAAUAAAAAGAAAGCUGGGAAGGCUGCAGCAAAGGAAAAGUCCAGACCAAGAUCCACCCCCACAGCUGAAAUACAGGAAUGCGAGGAAGGAGAAGUGCCCAAAAGUGCGCCCCCUGGAGGCAGACAGAGAUGCGGGAGAGUCAAUGAAGUGGAGUCCCCUGAACCUACAGCACGCAAAACACUAGAAAAUCACUUGCCAUUGAAGAAGUUUGGGAGCGCUGGGAAACCAGAUGAAAGCGGGAAACAGUUUGACCUUGGGCCUGGAAUGACAAUGACGAAGUCAAGAAGUAAAGUAGCUGUCACAAUCAACACAGGGGGAGGAGAUACACCGCCUCCAAUCAUUAGGAGAUAUGCAGAACCAACACAGUCUGUUGGCGACCCGGCAAAGCCUCAAUUAUUGGCCAAUUUAAGAGGUCCCAUAAACAGUGGGCACAGUAAACAUUGGUCAGACAGGAGUUCCUCAGGGUUCGGCUCAAACUCCCUUUUGGGUAGCAGUAGUCUGCUCCCUCCCCAUACCACUUCCCCACACACUUCCCCUACCCUUGACAGAAAGCUUGAGACUAUCCCUGCAGGGGUGACCUUCAUGGCAAGGUCCUCCAGCCCCUCCAUUGCAAUGUCAGCUCAAGAUGCACUUAUAGCCCAACUACAACAACAAGUCUCUGAUCUCACCCUCUAUCUGGAAGAAGAAAGGCUGAACCACAAGACUAGCAAAGAAAAGGCUGGAAACCUACUGAGGGAGAAGCUAAAGGAGCUUGAUAGAAAACACACGGAGAAGUUCCAGAAAUAUAAACAGGAUCAAGAAGAACAGGUUGCUAUGUUAAAAGAGGUCCAAACUAAGGAGAUUAAUCACAUCAAGUCUGGCAGUGAGAAAGCUUUGGCAAGGAUGAAAGGAGAGUUGGAAUUCCUUCAGGGAGCAUUCGAGGCCUACAAGAGAACCUUGACACAAGACAUGGUGGAGAAAUGGACCAAGAAAGAGAGUGAUAUGAAGAUGAAAUUCCAUGAAGAUAUGGAGAAAGAACUCUCAGAACAAAGGGCAGAGCUGCUGGAGGAGAAGAACAUAGAACGGAAUGCACUGAACCGGGAGUUCCAGAAACAGAUGCACAUCCUUUCACAAGAACAUAAGGGAGAGAUAGAGAAACUGAUGAAGCGAUUUGCUGGUGCUGCAAUGGAUGUUGAAAACCUUAGGAAAGCACUUGAACAGAUCAAGAGUCUACGGGCAGAACUGAACAAUGCCCUUGAAGCUUUAGAGAUCAGCAAAGAAGAAGCUGCAUCCUUCAAAGGUCGAUUAACGGAAGCUAAAAUGAUGCUGAUUGAUUACCAGGAGAAUUUCAGCGGGAAAGUGGAUGAAGUAGACGGGAAAUACAAAGAGAAGAUUCACCUCCUUAUGACUGAGAAUGCAGAACUUAGAUAUAAGCAAAGUUUGGAUGAGCCAAGAUUCCCAAGGAAACGUUACAUGCAGAAAUGCAAUGAACUCUUCAAUGAGAAAUCUAAGACAGAGUACAACAGAGUAGAAAAGGUCAUGAAUACAAAAGAAAUGAUGAAGAUGUUAGUACAUGUCCGAAAUCGCUCCAAUGUGAGUCUGGCUUGCUCCGACCCCGCAGCAGAUGCCAAACCUCGUCUUCUGGUGACCCGCCCCGUGAGUGCACCCAGCACACGCAAAGAGGCCCACAAGGCCCACCGUAUGGCUGGAGAAACGGAUCAUCUCUCCAGCCCUACUCCUCAAAGACCUCAUACCACAAUGUUAGCGACAAGGCCUGCACCGCCUAGAGAAAACCUUGGACUAAUUAAUGCAUUUGGAAGUGCGCACUCGUUGCAAUCUUUAUGAGGUUGUUUAUUAUAUUACAAUCCGUGAAUUCUACGUUUACUUGACUGUACUCCACCGCUGCAUUUGCCGACUACAGAAUUAUCUAAAAUUCAUUCUAAAUGAAAUGAAAAUGAUGUUCUCUAACAGAUUAAAUUAUUCCUCCUCCCCUCUCACUGGUCAAUAAUGCUACCUCAACAUCAUGUACUAAUAUUAUUGGCACAGUGUUAAGUAGACCCUUUACACAAUACGUUUUAGUCAAUAACUUGUAAGCAGUUGAUUCUUGUUUUACCUGCAUAGAUCUAAUCUAAUCAAAUUCGCGUAUUAAAAGAAAAGUAGAAAAUUAUAAAAUUCCUUUUAAAGGCUCAUAAUUUGUAGAUUUGCAUGUGAAAAUAGGAAUUAAACGGUUCUUUAUCUUUGAAUAAAGAUACUGAUGCAUGAAAAAAACGUACUCAAUAUGUGUCAAAUUUCUUUCUUUGUUUUUCUGAUGCAAUUUUGCAUGAUAUCAAGGGAUCUUUACUAAAACUUUUUGAGCCAAACUUCAAAAUGUUCUUAUUGGUCUUAUUUGUGUUAAAGAAAGUACCAAAGUCACAUAUAUUACAGUGCCUUUUGCCAUGUGCUUCACUGAUUAUUCUACUCCUGGUUCUAAAUCUUCCCCAUUCCAUUCAAAUUUUAUUUUAUAUGAUAUUUUUCAAGAAAGUGAAUAUUAGAUUUAUAUUACGAUUGAUGCCAUAAUACUCAUCUUAUUUUAGCAGGAGCAGCAUGAUCGUAUCCAAGGUGAUUAAUUUUAGGGUUUUAUGUCUUUGUGGUAGAUGAAUAUUAUGUGAAGGAAUGGAAAUUAAGAGGAGUAAUUUCUCAAAAAAUUAACUACAAGCAUUAACCCUUUGAACCCUGAAUUAAUUGGGACGGUCAUGACCCCCAACCUGAAUUAUUUGGACAUUAUUGGCAAAUGAAAGAACAUAUGACAUUUGAAAUGAACGAUCUCCUAUUCUCAUGAUUCGAUCCCAGCCAUGUCAGCGGCACCUCACUCUGCUGGUACCAGGACUGGCCAAGCUGAUGUUAUUUAGCUUCCUGUACUAACGAUAAUCUCACAUUUUGUCUCAAAAUCAUUGCUUUGAUGGAAGUAAAAUCCAACAAUAGCUUACGCAUGGUCCUUGUCCUGUAUUAUCGCACGGGCCUCCUUGGUAGGAUAGUAUAUUUUGGUCAUUUUUUUAUGCUAAAACCUUAUAAAUGAAAGCCCAUCGUCAACGAAAUUAUAAACUGAAGUUAUCGACUGAAUAUCUCUAAAACGACAUAAUUCUUAAAGAUCACCUGAUAUCUUAAACCCUUGCUUUUUGAAUCACAUGACUUGAAGCCAGGUUCAAAGGGGUAACAAAAUGUAGUAUUGAUGUUUUUGUUAAACUUUGUAAUAUUUGUUAUUAUCCGUCCAAAGUGGAUUAGUCACUAAAAAAAUACCUUGAAAUAUUGAUCUUGAUUUUUUUUUUAAAUUCUUGUUUAAAUCAAUUGUUACCAGUUGGUGUGCUUUCCUUAUUCAAAAGCACCAAUUGAUAUGAAGUAUUCCUUCAUAUCCUUAUUGUUGGUUUCUUGCUGUUUGUUUUUUGUUUUGUCAGUGCAAUGUUUGAAGUUUUAUUGUUGUAUAGCACUAUAUUGAAGUAUAUCAUAUGUACAUACAUGUAUCACUGAUAUUGAACAGUGUCAGUAUUAAGUUUAGUUUUAUAUGAAUGUUGAGAAACAAUAGGUUUUACUUCCUCUCCCGUAUUCUCAAGUUCACAAAUAAAUAUCUGUGAAAGGCAAGGAGUGCCUAGCUACCAAUUAUUCCAAUCCAUUUUUAAUCCCUAAAAGCAUCAUUGUUGAUGCUUUUCAAGGAGCAGUCACACAUUGCCAAAUUAAAAUGCUUUUCAUGGCGGUCGUUAAACUGCAGUGGACCAUGUAUUACCACUCCAGAUUUUUAUGGUAGUUACAGAGAUCUUCACGCAAGGCAGCAUACCAGCCCCAGAGGUCUGAGGCAACCCUCUCCUGACCUAAACUCCACAUAAAUCACAGUGCCACAGUGUAGCUACCUUGUUUAUAUGGAGAAAUAGAAUCUGACUAUCGGAUUGGUUAUGGUGGUACAGGAACGCGAUUUGCUGUCAAGUCUGCGACGGCUUACUCCGUUGUCAUUAGUACGGAUCAUGCAGUGCAAAUGAGGAGCUUGCCCACUAACCUAGCUGUACUUUUGUCUGGAUAUUGUCUAUUUCAAACUGUUAAACUGCCAUUGGAAAUGAAGCAUUUAAUGUUUGAUGAUUGAUCAAUGAGUAGGUAGGUUCUUACUUUGAGCCAAACUACCGUAUAGUUUGGUGAGGUAUUGCCCCUGAAUGGCAUCUAUGCUAAAUCCAGUAUCAAUUUUUUUUUCUGUUGGUGCAAUGAGCAUCUUCCCUAAUAGAUUAUUCAAAAUAAAUGUGUCUAUUAUAAUUAUUGUUAAUAUUACUUUUAUCAUAUGUUUUAUUGCUAUUAUUAUUAUUACUAUUAUAUGAUUAUUUUUGUAUUUUCAUGCCGAAUGGUGUAUUUCAUGAUUAUACUGCCAGUAUGAAGUAACAAAUUUGAAACGCUGUAAAGUUGUUUUUUGUUAUUCCAUACAAUGAAAAGAAAUCUUGAAAUUACUGGUAUGCAAAAUAUGCAAUUAAUACACCCAUGUCUUUCAAAAUAUA